GGGAGGGGGGCGGGGGUGUGGGGAGCUGGGAUUGGGAGGGGGUGUAGGGGGAACUAGAUAGGGGCGUGCCUUUGCCCGGAUUGGCUGCAGGAGCCUGACGCGAGGUCCCGGGGGUUGGCUAGGGGGAGUGGGAGCGGGGUGGGGUGGGUGCUGGGUGCCGGGGCCGCGGGCUCAGCGCGCUCAGAACCAUGCUGAGGUCCCGGCGGCUGUUCCAGCAGCGGCAGCGGCUCCAGCAGCAGCGGCGGCGGCGGCGGCGGCGACAGCGCACGGCUCGGGCGGGGAAGGCGCCCGGCGCCCAUGCCUCCGGCCCCGCGCAGCGGCUGCCCUGACCUGGCCGCGACCUCCCUCCGCGCGCCCCGCCGCCCCGGGCCCCUGGGGUGUUCCCCCACCACGGCCCAACCCCGCCACACCCCCCGCCCCCGGCCUCCGCAGCUCGGCAUGGGCGCGGGGGCGCUCGCCCUGGGCGCCUCCGAGCCCUGCAACCUGUCGUCGGCCGCGCCGUUCCCCGACGGCGCGGCCACGGCGGCGCGGCUGCUGGUGCCCGCGUCGCCGUCUGCCUCUCCGCUGACCCCGACCAGCGAGGGCCCCGCGCCGCUGUCGCAGCAGUGGACGGCGGGCAUAGGCCUGCUGAUGGCGCUCAUCGUGCUGCUCAUCGUGGCGGGCAACGUGCUGGUGAUCGUGGCCAUCGCCAAGACGCCGCGGCUGCAGACGCUCACCAACCUCUUCAUCAUGUCCCUGGCCAGCGCCGACCUCGUCAUGGGGCUGCUGGUGGUGCCGUUCGGGGCCACCAUCGUCAUGCGGGGCCGCUGGGAGUACGGCUCCUUCUUCUGCGAGCUCUGGACCUCGGUGGACGUGCUGUGCGUGACGGCCAGCAUCGAGACCCUGUGUGUCAUCGCCCUGGACCGCUACCUCGCCAUCACGUCGCCCUUCCGCUACCAGAGCCUGCUGACCCGCGCGCGGGCGCGGGCCCUCGUGUGCACCGUGUGGGCCAUCUCGGCCCUGGUGUCCUUCCUGCCCAUUCUCAUGCACUGGUGGCGGGCCGAGGGCGACGAGGCGCGCCGCUGCUACAACGACCCCAAGUGCUGCGAUUUCGUCACCAACCGGGCCUACGCCAUCGCCUCGUCCGUCGUCUCCUUCUACGUGCCCCUGUGCAUCAUGGCCUUCGUGUACCUGCGGGUGUUCCGCGAGGCCCAGAAGCAGGUGAAGAAGAUCGACAGCUGCGAGCGCCGCUUCCUCAGCGGCCCGGCGCGGCCGCCCUCGCCCGCGCCCGCGCCGGGCUCCCCGCGCCCCGCCGCCGCCGCCACCACCCCGCUGGCCAACGGGCGCGUCAGCAAGCGGCGGCCGUCGCGCCUCGUGGCCCUGCGCGAGCAGAAGGCGCUCAAGACGCUGGGCAUCAUCAUGGGCGUGUUCACGCUCUGCUGGCUGCCCUUCUUCCUGGCCAACGUGGUCAAGGCCUUCCACCGCGACCUGGUGCCCGACCGCCUCUUCGUCUUCUUCAACUGGCUGGGCUACGCCAACUCGGCCUUCAACCCCAUCAUCUACUGCCGCAGCCCCGACUUCCGCAAGGCCUUCCAGCGCCUGCUGUGCUGCGCGCGCCGCGCCGCCCGCGGGAGCCACGCGGCCGCCGGAGACCGGCCGCGCGCCUCGGGCUGCCUGCCGCGGGUCCGGCCGCCGCCGUCGCCCGGGGCCGCCUCGGACGACGACGACGACGACGACGUCGGGGCCGCGCCGCCCGCGCGCCUGCUGGAGCCCUGGGCCGGCUGCAACGGCGGGGCGGCGGCGGACAGCGACUCUAGCCUGGACGAGCCGGGCCGCCCCGCGGGCGCCUCGGAAUCCAAGGUGUAGCGCCCGGCGCCCGCUGGCGGCCCCCCGCGCGCCCCGGGAGCAAGAACGCCCAGGCGCCCCUGAUGGCUUCCCGGGGGGCGAGUGGGGGGGAGCGGGAAGCGAUCUGUGUUUACUCAAGACCCAGAGCAGGUGAACUCGAAGCCCGCAAACCUCGUCUGAUUCAUCCAAGGCAAACACAAAAGCCACGGACCGUUGCACAGAAAGGAAAGUUUGGGGAGGGCUGGGAGAGUGGCUUGCGGAUUUGUCGGGUUCUUUUUUACCUGUGUGUGCUUCGGCCUUCUUUGGUGUGUGCGUGUGAUGCAUCUUCAGUUUUUUGGGGUGUCCUUUUUUUUUUCCCCCUCCAGGUGGUUUUUGACACUUGCUUUGAGUACUGGGUGGUGGAAGGGAGAAGCAUAAAGGCUAUCAACUUGGCCUCCAACCCGUUGCAGGGAACAGGAGCGGUCCACGGGAGAGAGAAGGGGGAAUGACAGUUGCCAGGACAUGUUCCCUUUGCUUUCCAGAGAAAUUUCAUUUGACUUCCUGAGUAAUGAUUUUUCCUGUCCUUAAAGCAAAGGGAAAGGCUGGAUGCAAAAAUCACGUUUCAAGAAAUUUUAAGCUAUUCUUGGAACAAGCCUCACCUUGCUUUCUUUUUGUAGGGCAAACCUGCUGUCCCCAACGCGCCUCGGUGGUCGGGCUGAGGGAUUUCUACCUCACACUGUGCACAUUGCACAGCAAGAUAGAAAGACUUGUUUAUAUUAAACAGCUUAUUUAUGUAUCAAUAUUAGUUGAGAGGACCAGGCGCUGAGCCUCUGUGACAUGUGACCCUGUCCAUUGAAGACAGGACAGAAGAAAAAAAAAAAAAAACCCAAGAGGAAACAGUUCAGAUUACUGCACACAUGGGUAAAAAAAAAA